UUCCAGUUACAAGAAUGAACGAGGGCUCUUUGGCCCGCCCCCACGUGAUCUGUAGUGCUGGGUUCGAGGUGAGUCGCCGGCCCAGCCUACGGCAUGGGGCUUCGGCGACAGAAGAAUGGCUGCGGAUCUGCCGCAGCAGCAGAAUAAGACGGUGAAAAGGGUUAAAAACAGAAGAGGCCAAGUGGAAGUAGUCAUUCUUUACCUAGUCACUGCCCCGAUAAGUCAGGGGUACCACUGGUCACUCCACGGUGUUAAGCCCUCUUCAGUAGGCGGUAUGGUUGGUUAGCUUUCUAGUCUAAUAGGAAUACUGGUGGUAUUGGAAUGACGGCUGGUGUCAAUAGUGACUAUUACACACGCA